UUUUUUGUUGUAGUACUGUCGAGUAGCGUCGUGCCGAUUGCCAUGGAGACGCGGAAAGUGGAUGAAGAGUUCGACUACGAUGAUACCACUGAAACAACUUUGUCGCUGUAUUCGUUGGCACCUACGGCAAGUUUCGUCGAUGUCGAAGAGUCGGAGUAUGAAAGUUCCGUUAUGGAUGAACCUGACUAUAAUUUGAAGUAUUGGGACGCAAUGGAGAACAUCGGCGCCAUAAACGUUAAAGAGAGCUCAGAAUCGAGCGGGGACGAAAGUCUAAAUUAUCCAAGGAUGUCUGAACUUGAGGAAACCCACAGUACAGCUCCAUACCUUGAAUCAAAGCUUCAGAAAGCAGAAGAAGAUCUUAAGACGGCAUUGUCGCACAUAGACGCAGACACAGCGCUUUCGGAAAUUUCUAUUUAUUCGGAGUACACGCCACCACCGAGCGAAACAAAUGUGGAGAUUGAAUACGAUAUUAUUGCUGGAGCGUCACCUAUGAGCACUGCGGUGGGGGGAAGCGUGUCAUGGUACAGUAUGCCCAACUCAGAAACCGAAGUUGAAGUGCCGACGUCUUUAUAUGUGGGUGGAACACGAGUCAUGGACUCCAUCGAAUGUAUGCACAAGCUAUCGGAAGCAAAGCUUCAACCUGUUGUAGAUUUUGGCUCCUGCGUGAAUUAUCUUGGCUCAGGCGAUUUAGGGGAACUGAAAACACCCAGUGAAAUAGAAGAGGAACAGUUUGAGUAUUCAUACUACUCGGAAGGACCAUCAGAAACGAAUGUUACCAUGGAAGGAGUAGAAGUGUUUGGAGACGAUAAUGAAGCUGAUUACAAAGCUACCGCUCGGAUUCAAGACCCAGAGACUCUGCCAGUUGGAUAAAGAUUGUUGUUUUGAAGGAGCCAUAGUUCAAGUACACUGACUUGUUUCGUAGAUUUCUC